UCCAAUCAAAUACUCACCUGGUUUUUAUUUCCUCUUCAACGAGUGGCUCAUAUAUUUUUGACUUUGAGUUCUGAGCUGUAUUUGUUUGAAAGCAGCACAUGAAGCAGCUCAGCUAGUGGAUAACUGCUUGUAUACUGCUCUGCAUUUAAACAAUGAUGGCAUGGCUCCAAUUCUGUGUCCUUUUCCUGGUGGCUCCAUUUGGGUAUAGUCAGAAUCCAGGUCCUCGUGGUCCCAAAGGAGACAGCGGACUUCCUGGACCAGCUGGUCCACGUGGAGUACCAGGACCACCAGGUCAAAAAGGAGAUACUGGAUUUGAUGGACCACCUGGCUUUCCUGGACUACCUGGAAGACCUGGUAAUGUGGGACGACUUGGACUUCCUGGACCACCUGGACAAGCUGCAGACUGCAGAACAGAGCUCUUUGGUUACAUAGACCAGGACCUUCAAACCAUUAGAGCCCUAAAGGAAACAAUAACCAAGUUAGAGCUGGUUAUAAACUAUGAUUUUGCCCAAGGAGUUGAUGAAAAAUAUUUCGUGUCCAACAAGGAAAGAGGCUCUUUCUUCCAAGCUGUUGAGUUCUGCUCCCAGCGAGGAUUAGAGCUGGCUUUGCCCCAGAGUGACAAAGAGAAUCGCUUACUCACUGAAGUGUUUGAAAGCAGUCCUAAAACAGUCUGGAUUAAUGUCAGCAAUAGAAAAGCAGAGGGAACUUUGGAGCUGAUAUGA